AUGUCUUCCAGUUUCUUACGACUGGGGAUUGAUUGUUUAGGCACAAAUACCGAUGCAGUUCUGCUCGACGCCAACCACGCAAAGCAAGAUGAAGGCGUUGUGAAGUGGACAAAAGUACCAACCACUGCUGGACUGAGUAGUGUCAAGAAUGCAAUAAAAGAAGUUACAAAGGAUAAACCAGAAUUCAUCUCCCAAAUUCGUUGUGUUACUAUUGGGACAACGUACUUCUUGAAUGCUCUUGUCGAAAGAGAUGCUUCAAAGCUACAGAAAGUUGCGGUUAUUCGCUUAGCAUCCUGCAAUUUCACCAGAAAUACACCACCGUUUGUCGACUUCCCAACUGAGCUUCGAGAUGUGAUUCUCGGACACACUGGUUUCGUAGAAGGGGGAUUGAACGUUGAUGGCACGGUGAUUGGUACGCCAAGUAAGGAAGGUGUACUCAAAGAAUGUAACAUAAUCCGGAGCAAGGAUAUCCGGAAUAUCGUCAUAGUAGGGACCUUCUCACCGAUUGAUGUUGAACAUAAACAGGAAGAGGUCGUUCGGGAUUGGAUAUUGGAAGAACUUGGUGACGUUAAUGUUGUAUGUUCAGCACAUAUUGGUCGCUUAGGUCUGCUCGAAAGAGAAAAUGCGGCAAUUCUCAAUGCUUCAAUGCUUAACAUGAGUUCAAUCUUCAGUAAAAGCCUUGAGAAUGCCUUAGCGACGACGGGACUCAAGAAGACACCUCUUUUCGUCAGCUGCAAUGAUGGGACGAUGAUCUCUGUUGAAGAAGCAACACAGCGUCCUGUAGCAAUUAUUGCUAGCGGACCUCCCAACUCACUCAUAGGUGCAUCAUCACUCAUCAAACUAGGUGGGGACAGAAUUCAUCAUGACCAAGCUGAAGCCAUGAUGGUUAUUGACAUCGGGGGUUCCACUAGCGAUGCCGGUAUGGUUCUAAAUAAUGGUUAUCCAAGACAAGGUUCGGCGUAUAGCGAGAUAGCAAACGUCCGCGUCAAUUUCCCAAUGCCAGACGUUCAAAGCAUAGGUCUUGGUGGGGGCUCAAUUAUCAAGACAGAAUCCGUUCGAGGUUCGGUGGUCGCUGUCCAAGUAGGACCGACAUCUCUAGGACAUGAGUUCUCGAAGAGGGCUCUUUGCUUUGGAGGGAACAUUAUGACUGCAUCAGACAUAGCUAUUGCUGCAGGAGACAUGCCGAACUUCGGUGAUACACCAGUCAACAUUGACAGUUCCAUUAUCAAAUCUGCCAAAGCUAUAAUGCAACUAGGACUCGAAAACCUAGUCGACAGCAUCAAAACAAAAGCAACGCCUCUACCAGUUGCACUUGUCGGUGGCGCGGCAGCGUUAUGCCAAUCACCUCUUAGAGGAACAUCCAAAGUACUUCACCACGAAUACGCUUCGGUUGCAAAUGCGAUCGGUGCUGCAAGAGCAAAACUAUCAACCACCGUUGACAAGAUUGUGCCAAUAGAAAAUGGCAGAUCUUCUGGAGAAGACGAGAAGAUCUUGGAAAGUAUAAUCUCUGAGGCCAACAGAACUUGUGUGAAGAAAGGUGCUUCACGGGAUAGUGUCAAGAUCAUAUUUCAGGAACUUGUAGCUCUACCGUAUAUUGCUAACAAGGUUCGGGCUUACGUGCAGGUAGUAGGAGAGCUUGACAGAUCAACUCCGAAGGCUACAGACAUAGGAGUACAAAUUCCCUCAACUACCACCUUUGCAGGAAGCAACGUGACAGCUACCAAUUCCAGUCCUUCUACCGACUGGACAUUCAUCAACACCCCCUCCCAAUCAAACCACCCAACAACCAUCGACCUAAAAGAACCCUCCGCAAUCGACGCCUACAAACCCAAGAUCACCAACGGCACCUGGCACAUCUCCCCAACAGACCUCUCCUUCCUCUCAACAGGAACCUACAUCCUCGGCUGCGGCGGUGGCGGCUCCCCCUACCUCACAACCCUCGAAGCGCACUCCUGUCUCCAACGCGGCGAAUCCCUCCGCAUAACCGACAUCUCUGCCGUCCCCUCCAAUUCCCUCCUCCUACCCGUCGUCUGUCUCGGCUCCCCUAUUAUCGGUAUCGAACGACCCGGCGGAAACCUCUCUCAAGACGCUCUAACCAACAUGCUCGCCCACCUCGAUAAAAAGUCAUUCUCGGCAAUCAUAUGCGUGGAAGUCGGCGGCGCAAAUGGAAUGAUGAACCUCAUCGUCGGAUCCUCCCAUAACGUCCCGAUCAUCGACGGCGAUCUUAUGGGUCGCGCGUUCCCUAGUUUCGAGAAAAUCACACCCUAUGUGUUUAGUAGCGGUGAUAUCAACGAGCUUCUCCCUGUGAGCAUGUCCAGUGGUGACGGUACUGAUUUCAUCAUGACGCACGCAAAGGAUUUGAAGAUGGUGGACCGCACGCUGCGCGCUCUGCUGGUGGAAAUGGGAUGUGCGGCGGGGAUGGUGCAGAGGCCUAUGAGCGGGAAGGAGAUGGCGGAGACGGGGGUGUUGAGGAGUCACUCCCUCGCGUGGAGGUUAGGGAGGGCGGUCGCGAGGUGUAAGGCUAGUCAGUCUAUUGGGGAGGUGGGCAGUGCGGUUGUUAAUGAGUUCGGUGGGGAGGGGGCUGCGAGGGAGAUUUUUGGGGGCAAGAUUGUGGGGAGUGAGGAGAGGAUUGUUGGUGGGCAGAGUUAUGGGGAGGUGAGGAUUAGGGGAUCGCAAAUCUCCAAGCAACAUCGUGAAGGAACUGAGAAGGAAGAUGAAGUGUUGAGGGUGGUUUUUAAUAACGAGAAUUUAAUCGCAGAACUCCAAUCCUCAUCCAACAAACCAAAGAUCCUCGCAACCGUCCCCUCCCUAAUAAUAAUCCUCGACGCACUCACCGGCACCGCCCUAGGCGUCCCGGAAUACAGAUUCGGUCUUAAAGUGCUGGUUCUCGUUGCGGCGCCGUCGCCUAUCUGGACGAGCGAGAGGGGGUUGGAAAUUGCGGGGCCUAAGGCUUUUGGAUUUGAUGAUAUAGAUUACAUACCUGUUGGGAAGUGGAGGGAGCCGAAGAGUGUUAUUGAAGAGUUUUCUUGA